UGCGUGACGCAAAUAGACAGGGAUCAGCGCUAAACGAGGCCACGCAUUGUCUGCCCUCCCUUGGUUGCAAGCGAGCAACGUGAUUGGCCCAGGCCUCGGAAAGAGUGCCCGGGGAUCCAAAUGUACAGGCCGCAUUUAGCUUAGUGUCGAAAAAUAUACCCAAACAAUAACAGACAAAACCGAGAAAGAAGAAAUAACGACGAUAUAUUUGAAGGAGUCCAUAAUCAGGGUUCUCUCCCCCGAUGGAAGGAAGAAACACCAGCAACACACUGUUCUUGUUUUAGAGAGCAUUGGCAUCAAAUGUGAAGAUCAAAGAGAUGGACCACGGCGGAGGGAUCCUGGAGCUACACACACAGGAGUUAAAGAUGCCUCACACCAUGAUCAUGCAGGACUUUGUGGCAGGAAUGAGGGGCCUGGCCCACAUCGAAGGGGAUCACAUUGUGGUAUCCAUGCCAGAGGGCAUGCUCCUGUCUGACGUCAUGACGGACGAAGGCAUUCUGCUGGAGCACGGCCUGGAGGUGGAGGGCCUCGAGACGGAGGUGGAGGGCCUCGAGACGGAGGUGGAGGGCCUCGAGACGGAGGUGGAGGGCCUCGAGACGGAGGUGGUGGAGCUGGAAACACAGAUGGUCGAGGGCCUCGAGGAAGACCUAGAGACGGAGGUGAUUGAAGGCCCUGACAUCGGCCACGAGCACUUGCUGGGCGCCGAAGUGGCUAUGGACUCUCACCACCUUCACCAUGUUCUAACCUCAGACCUCAUUCAGGGCUCAGUCCACCAUCACCACCACAUGCCAGACCAGCUCUUUGUGGAGCACCAGGAGGAGGACGGGGUGGAGGGCUUGGACCAGGAGGUGCUUGUUGGGGAGGAGUUGGGGCAGGAGGAGACAGUGAUCCAGGCCCACGAGGAGCUGGAGGUGGAGGCUGUCUCUCUGCAGACUGAUGAGGAUGAGGAGGAUGUGAAGAGCACCUCGGAGGACUACCUCAUGAUCUCCUUGGAUGACGUUGGUGAGAAGCUGGACAUAGGAGACACUCCUCUAGAGAUCACUACUGAGGUGAUGCAGGACGACGCCUCCAACAAGGAGGGGUCAGAGGUCAUCAAGGUCUACAUUUUCAAAGCAGAGGCCGAUGACGAUGUGGAGAUAGAUGUGUCAGACAUGGCAGAGCAGGUGUACAUGGAGGUGAUUGUAGGAGAGGAGGAGACCUCAGCAGUCCAGGAGAACCAGCUAGAUGACUCUCCAAACAGCAAGAUGUUUGUCCCGGUCUCCUGGGCUGCUGCCUACGAUAACAGUAUGGACACAGUGAAGAAUGGAGGGACCAGGCCCUACAUCCAGAUCAGAGACAGUCAGGGUACCAACAGAGCCCUCAAACAGAAGAUCAAGAAGAAGAAGAGGAAGGGAGAGACACGGCAGUGCCAGACCGCUGUGAUCAUCGGUCCAGACGGCAUGCCCCUGACCGUCUACCCCUGUCACAUCUGUGGUAAGAAGUUCAGAUCACAAGGCUUCCUCAAGUGCCACAUGAAGAACCAUCCUGACCACCACGUUAAGAAGUACCAGUGUACCGACUGUGACUUCACCACCAACAAGAAGGUCAACUUCCACAACCACCUGGAGUCCCACAAGCUACUGGUCCAUCGCAGUGACAGAGACAGAACCUCUUCCCCAGAGUACCCAGAAUACAACAGGACCACCGCAGAGUACCCAGAAUACAACAGGACCACCGCAGAGUACCCAGAAUACAACAGGACCUACACAGAAUACACCCGGCGUUACCACGAAGACAGCCAGCUAGGGUCUAACAAGCUGAUCCUGAGGGACAAGGAGUCCAAACUGCACCACUGUAAGUACUGUGACUAUGAGACUGCAGAGCAGGGGCUCCUCAACCGCCACCUAUUGGCCGUUCACAGUAGGAACUUCGCCCACGUGUGCGUGGAGUGCGCUAAAGGCUUCCGUCACCCGUCAGAGCUCAAGAAGCACAUGCGGACCCACACGGGCGAGAAGCCGUACUGCUGCCCGCACUGUGACUUUCGCUGUGCAGACCAGUCCAACCUAAAGACUCACAUCAAGAGCAAACACGGUGCCGACCUGCCUUUUAAGUGUGGCCACUGCCCCCAGGCCUACGCAGACGAGGGGGAGCUGCAGCGCCACACAGAGAUGGUGCAGGGACACAAGACCCACCAGUGUCCCCACUGUGAACACAAGAGCACCAACUCCUCUGAUCUAAAACGACACAUUAUAUCUGUUCACACCAAAGACUUCCCUCACCAGUGUGACGUGUGUGAGAAGGGCUUCCACCGGCCCUCUGAGCUGAAGAAACACUCUGAGAUGCACAAGGGCAGCAAGGUGCACCAGUGCAGGCACUGUAACUUCACGACCUCUGAACCUUUCACCCUCAGCAGACACAUCCUGUCCGUUCACACCAAGGACCUCCCCUUUAAGUGUAAACGCUGCCGGCGAGGGUUCCGCCAGUCCGCGGAGCUGAAGAAACACAUGAAGACCCACAGCGGGAGGAAAGUGUACCAGUGUCAGUACUGCGAGUACAACAGCCCGGACGCUUCAGGAUUCAAACGCCACGUGAUCUCGAUCCACACCAAGGAAUACCCCCACUGCUGUGACUACUGUUGUAAAGGCUUCAGAAGGCCCUCGGAGAAGAGUCAGCACAUAGCCAGACAUCACAAAGAUAUGCUGAUGGAGCGAUGUGAAUACAGUGACGACACAACGUUACCCGGAUAGAAACAGACUGCACACACUCUUCAGUCUACGUAGACCUGUUUCACACGACAAAGGGGGGAAUGCGUUUAGGCUGUUGAUAAGGAUGGAAUGGUACAUUUAGACUGCUAGAGAUGAUAACAUUCUGACUGCUUCUCUUUUUCUACUGGUUAUAUAGAGUAGGAAUAGGUCUAACCAGACCCCCCCCCCCCCAUUCCCUCUCCCCCAGGUGUAAUCAAACUAAGUAUGUUGUGGAAGUUGGCGAAUAUUAAAACCAGGGUACAUGUAGUCUUUAUGUAUGUAUUUAUCUGCAGAGAGAGGAUUCACCAUAUGAUGAACAUUUAUUCAGGGUCUCAAAUUAAGUCUUAUUUUUAUACAUGUUGAAACUGUGGGGAGAAAGACAGAUGGUUAUUUGAG